CAUCAUUUCCGUUUCUGACCUCGUGCGAAGCAGACACGUGAACUGUAACUACGAAAACAUAAAAAUACCUUUGGCUGAAUAACUAUUUCGAUUUUUUUUUGUGUGCAAAAGUUAUUCUAAAAAUUAUUUGUGUUUGGACAAACUUGCAAAGAUAACUUUCCCAGACCUAAGCAGUGCUGUAAAUCAAGGUGUACUGUAGCGUAAGCCGAGUUGCAGUUCUUCAGGCGACCUAGUCGCAAGCAGAUCAAGUUACCAGUAGGGACAUGCCAACCAUGACACGGAUGCAUCGCCACUCCAGUUCCAGUGCCGUGGUAGAGGAGUCACGCAGUCGGCGGCGUGGAGUGGGCGUGGUGCAAGCAGCGGGAGACGCCAACAAGGAGAACUUUGGGGUGCACUUUAUGAGCAGUCCCUUCGGCAAUGCCAGUUUGAUUGCCCUGCAGGAUCUGAGCAAUGUUCAUGGAAAGAGUCCGCAGCGCAGGAGUUUCAGUGAAGGAAGUGGACCUAGGCAGGCUACGCCACAAUUGGCGGCCCUGCGCUGUUUGCCACGCACCAACGGCGGAGCAUUGGGAGCAGUUGCUCUCGAGGAUUCGCAGCUAUCGUCAUCGCGAAUGGGUGAUACCACUUUGGAUCGCAUGCUGGAUGCCAUAAUAGAAUCGGCUAGGAAGGAAGUCAGGUGCACAAAACCAUUGGCUACCACUGUUAAUGGUUCUAGUGCCGCCACCACAACGGCCACCAUUCUGGCGGAUAACGGGGAGUGGAGCGAGACCAGCGUCCACGAAAUGGAGGUGCGUACUCCCACCCACUUAAAGCGCCAGCGGGUGGUGCGGCGUAAGAACCCACACAAAACCUCCACCCAAACGCAGGCCCAUCAAGUCAAGAAGGAGCAACUGCAGCUGAUUCCCAGCACCAAACGCUGUCUGAGUUUCUCAUCCAGUUCCGCAUCGAGUGAUUUGGAUGACGAUGAGCAGCAGGUGGCCAAGAGAAGUUCGCUGGCCUCCCCUGCGACCACUCCCCCGUCCCACAGUAGCAGCACCUCCCACAGCAGUGACAGUAACAGUAACAGUGGUGCUGACUUGGAAUCAAGACAGCGGGGCAGCAUCGAUGUGAGCCUUUCAUAUAAUGCCAAGGAGCAGCAACUCAAUGUACAUGUGAUUCGUUGUCGGGACUUGCAGCGUUCCCAUGGCAGUGGAAAUGGCAGCAUUAAUGCCUACGUCAAGGUGGCUCUGUCCGGAGGCAACCAUCCACCCGGCUACAGUGGACACUCCUCCGGUGGAAGCAUGAGCUCAGGCUAUCAGCGUACUGCCGUCCAUCGGCACUCGGGACGUCCGUAUUUCGAUCAGCGGUUCAACUUCCAUGUUUCCAGUGGCGAGGAAACUACGGGCCAGUACCUUCAGUUGGCCGUGUGGCAUCGGGAUCGCCAUUUAAACUCAGUUCCCGUUACUCAGUCCGAGUGGCAAGCUCGCGUGGAAAGCGACGAAAAACGGCGAACGACUGGCAACGUUCGAAAGCGCAGGAAAUCGAGGAAAAGUAGACGCAGCGAGUUUCUGGGCUGCACCACCUUUCCACUGAAUGAGCUAGUGCAUCCGGAUUCGGGCAUCACGGCAGGAUCCUACAAAUUGCAGGCACAGGCAUGUCCUCCGCCUAACAACCGCAAUAGUCAAACAAAAGGCAACGCAGGCCAGGAUCGGCAACGGGAAGCGGAAACGGAAGCGGUAGAGAAUCGGAACCAGGAACAUCAACUAGAGGACUCCCCUGCAGAUAUGGCAGCCGCCGCCACUGUCACUCCCCAAAAACCAGUAGUCCCUGGAUCUGGGUCGGGCUCGAACUCAGCAGCUAUGCCCUUGAACGAUGAGGUGAUCAGCAUUAGCAUCGAUAGCAUGGGCAAGGAGGAUAGCCUGCUGCCUCAGCAGCCCCAGCAACCCAUGAAGUUGAGCAAAAAGGCACUCCACCAGCGAGAUGCCGACGAGAAUCUGUUUCUGAGAUUCCUGGAGCUGGAUCCCCCAGCGGAUGGCAAUGCGAACAACACAACCCAGGCACAAACGACGGGCUCCCAAACUUCGGCUUCGAAAGCCAACGAGAGCAAUGCCAAUCACCUCAACAAUGGGACAUCCAGUGGCAGGAGACAGUCCACCAUGCCACCUAUCGCAGUAGGAGGAGGAGGAGCUGCUCGUCAGCAUCAGGGACGAACGCCAUUCACCAUAACGAAAAGACUAACACGAACGGAGGAGCGGGGCUUUGGAUUCUCAAUAGUUUGGACCCAUCCGCCGAGAGUGGAGAAAAUCGAGGCGGGACUUUCGGCCGAUCGAUGUGGAAUUCUGCCCGGCGACUAUGUGAUCUUUGUGGACAAGCACAAUGUGGUCACGAUGCCCGAGGCUGAUGUUCUGAAUUUGAUACGAUCGCAGGGUUCGUCCUUGACGUUGGAGAUAUUCAGAAGGUCAGGCGCGGGCGCCACAACAAUCACGACGGACUUGGGCCAGAAUAAUGCCAAUAUGAGCACCAGAUUGAGUGCAGCCGUGGGUUUGGGCAGCGAGGAGCACACGUUGGCCACCACCACCACCGGAACGACCACCGUGAUGAGUCUGCAAAGAACCGCCAGUACGAGAAUCCAGCCGGUGGGCAACAGUUUGAGCCGACCGGCCACCGCCUGCUCGGGAACCACUUCCUCCAUCGAGGCGGCCAAAAGGAGGCUCCAUCUGCCGCAGGUCACCUUCAGCAAGGAGUCGAUUGUGCCCAUUACGGACAACCGUAGGCGCUUUCUGCUCCAGCUGAUUAGUCGGGAACAGAACUUCACGGCUGCCCUGCACUUCGGAGUGGAUCGAUUCGUACAGCCGCUGGUGGAGCGAAAGGAUCUGAUCUCGCCGAAUGAUCAUCGUACUUUGUUCCAGAACAUCGACGAGCUGCUAAGGAUUGCGGAGGACAUCCUGGAGCAAUUGUGCAGCAGCGAUCAGCAGGAUCAGGAGCCACAUAUGAACUUUGCCUCGCGGGUCUAUCUGUCCAAGACAACAGCGAUCUGUGCGGCGUACAAGAAGUACUGCAACGGAAUCAAGCGGGCGGAUUGCGUUUUGGUCAAUAAAUCCCGACAGACGGGUUCCGAGUUUAUAGCUUUCAUCACUGAACCGGCGGUUCCACGUAAAAGACCCGACCUCACCAUGUUUAUCCAUCGACCACUGCAACAUUUUCGCGAGAUCCUCAAGUUGAUGCAGUUGCUCGCCGGCAACUGUCAUGUGGAUACUGAGGAGCACAAGAACUUCAGCACGGUUAUCAACGAAUUGCAGGCUGCUUAUCGGGAGAUCACUGUCAGCAGUGGUCUAAUGGAACCGCUAGGUGAAGGUCGCCCACUGUUAACCCUCCAGGAUCUGGAGUCCCGAAUGGUCUUCACCAAAUGCAAGCCUUUCACGUUGGCCGUUCAGGGUCGCCAAUGGAUCUUUGGUGGGGAUUUGUCUCGUGUUGAGGGCCGCUCCGUGAAACCCUAUUGGACUUUACUCUUCAGUGACAUCAUCGUCUUUGCCAAGGUCAGCCGGGAUCGAGUCCUAUUUAUCACGGAAGAGCCCAUACCCAUCGCCAAUGUGGUGGACUCUUGUUUUCACAUGCGGAAGAAAACCACCGAGUUCCGUCUCACCGUGGAUCCCAACGGCCGUUUGGCGGAGAGUCCUACGGGCUACUGUGCCCCCGAUCUCACCCGCACACCGAAACGUGGAGCCCGCCGCAAGAGCCUUAUUUUGAGGGCACCUUCGCUGGAACUCAAGGCAGUCUGGCAGAAUCUUCUCCAGCGGCAGAUAUUCCUAGUGAAUGCCGCACUGGGCUCCACGCCUUUGUCCAGUCCCUUGGACUCGCCGGAUGUCCUUAACACCCUGGUGCCACUAAGCGAUAUUGGACUAACCACCGCCUCCAUGGGGUCAAUGAAGCUGCCCUCGUUGGACAGCAUCCACCUGAAGCAGCAGCAGAAACAGCAGCGCAGCAGCAAUUCCCACGGCCAUGCCCACUCUGCCGGCGGAGAAGCCACCGAAAGAUCUGCGGAUCGCUGCCACGGUCACGGCCACAGCCGUGGUGUCCAUGGUGGUCAUGUGGAGCAGAUCGAGCUGCUGAUCGACGAGAAGUGUCGCAUUCUUAACAAGACUGGCACACCCAAGUCGAGUGCCUUGCACCUGGCCAACUGGAUGAAGGGCCAGCUGGACAAGCAACAGCAACAGGCUCGGCUAGCGGCCAUUGCGCGAUCCCAGGAGAAUGUAAGUGCCGAAGAUGAGCAGCUGAUCUUCAACAGCGACAGCGAACAGGACGAAAGGAUCACCUACUGGACCCGUCAGCAGCUGGAGAAACGCACCAAGGAGCUGAAUCUGGCCAAGGAGAAUGGCGGCCUAUCGGCGAAGCCCAAUUUCGGGGGCAAACGAUUGAGCGGCGUCGAGGAACUAAGCAUGAGUGCCACCUCGGAUAUAUACUCCACAUCGGAGGCGGAGGGCGUCACCAGUGUGAUCAGUCAGUCGCACAGCACCACAUCGGACAGCCAGAUAACCGUACGCUCGAGUCCCAUUGUCCUGGACAAGCUGGCCGUUUGCCGUCAUUGUCACAAGAAUUGCCAGCAGAGCGGGCCGGGCGGAGCUCGUGCUGGCAGCGGAGGCGGGGUCAAUAACUCCAGUUCCACGCCCGUCCUGCUCUGCAAUUCCCUGAAGGUCCAGCACAGCCAAUCCUCGCCAAAUCGCUGUUGCAAGCUCAACAAUGGCAUUGCGGGCUCCGUGGAUUUGGCCAAUACGAAAAUGAGCAAUCGGACAGGAACCGGUAGCGUGACCAGCAUGUCCAGUAGCACCAUAACGGGGGAGCUGUCCUCCAAGGUGGUGGCCAGUAGCAGUCGCCGGGAGACCGGUGACACCGAAAGCGACGUCGCCCAACUGAUAACCGAUGAAAUUUCCCAAUCGCAAUCAGAGGCCACGGAUGACAGCGUCGGUGCGAUGCCCAACAGUAGUAGCAGCGCCGGUGAGGGGAUCCCAACCAGCAUCGGCUCCCAGCUACGUCAUCUAGAUCCACCAGUCUCAGCUUCAUCCUUGCCCAAUGGUCACUGCUCGGCCGGCGGUGGUGGUGGUGGUGGCGGCUCGCCAAAACCGCUGCCGCCACCACGACGCACCCGCAUUGUGGCCCAAAUGUGCCAGGAACCAAUCAGGCCAAAGGCCAACCAGCAGGUCAAGGCCAUUGUUACCUUUACGGAGACAGCCAGGAUAAUGCGAAGCAGUCCGACGAAAGGAUCGGGAUCCGGCUCGGGCUCGGUGGGUGGUUCCCCCGCCAAAUAUACCGCCUGCCAUUGCCGCUGCACUCCAGAGGACUUUACCAAUGCCCAGCUUUCUCCGGACAAAAUGGAGCAUCAGACCUGUAAGCUACUGGAGUCACCGAAACAAACGGCCACCACUCUGCAGCAGAAACAGGAGGACGAGCAGUUGUCCCUGAUGCUCAUUGGCUUGGCUCAAUUUGCUCCAGCAGCCAAGCUUUGUGGACAGGAAAGGAUCUCGAAAGAGGAAAAUAGUACACCCACGAUAUCAGUAGUUCCACCCACUCCCGAUUCGGUACUCACUAAGACCAGCACUCAUGUCUGGGACAACAGUGGUUGCUCCUCGAAUGGCGGGGGAACGUCCACCACCAGCACCGCCACCACAACAACCAAACAGCCCAGGCAGGCUAUCAUUGAAAACAUACCAGAGGACUCGUGUGACGAGUCCCCUUUGGAUGAGGAACCACCCUAUCGACCCAUGAGCAGUGCUCUCCGGCGAUUUGGCACCAUGUCCAGUCUAGAGAAGUUACCCUCCGAUGACCGAAUGGAUGAAGGCGAUGAGCUGGACGACGAUUUAGAACCCUUUACACCAAAUGGCCACGAUGACUAUGGUCCCCAAAACGAGGAAGAGGACGAAGAAGAUGCCGGUUCGGAACGAGCUUUAGUGCAAAACGAUUUGGGGGCAUCGAGUUCAUCGGGAGUUAUGGUCAACGGCGAAGUCCUGGCCAGUGGAGCGUGGACAAAUCGAGCGGGUGCCUAUGUCACCGACAAGAUGUCCUUUUUCGAGGAGUCGCGGGCCUUCAUAGAUAAAUAUUUGGGUCGCUGGAAUGCUGGCGAUACGCAGCAGCAGCAGCAGCAACAGGGCACAGCCUCGGAGACGGAUGAGCAGAUGGACGAGUGUACUUCGGGAGCCACUAGUGGUGAAGAGGUUUGGGGCACGCCCACCAGUGGCGGGGAUAACGAUGAUCAGGACAUGCAGCUCAUUAAUUCGGAGAACACGCAUUCGUCGCCUACGAAGUCGAGCACCUCUUUGAAUGACGACGAUGACACGGAACUAAUGAUGGACGAGCUGCUGAUGGCACCACCGAUGACGGCUAGCACGAUCCGAGGACUAUUGCCACGCUUUUACAGACGUCGCCUUGAGCCCCUUUUUGAGGAGGAGACGGAGAGCGACGAAGAGAAGACUCAGCAGGACAGCGAUGACGUCAAAAAGGGGGAAGCAACGACCAAUGGCCACUACCUAGAGGAUUCGGCUGGAAGUUCAAGCGACAGCGAGGCGGCGCCACCAGUCCCACCACUAGCUCCUCGGCCAGUGGUGCCGGAUCGGGAGGAGGAUCCGUCGGUGGAGGACCUGGAGGAGGAUCCAGCGGCGGAGGACCAGGAAGACACGCACUCCAGCGUGGAGCGUCUACUUCCGAAUCUGGCCACGAGUGCGAUGGGGCCGCGUCCCUUGCUCACCACCCGAUUGCUGCCCACCACGGCCAUCGAUCCUCAGCCGCCGGCACCGCUGGUGGCCUCAUCCUGCGAGUAUCUGCUCGAUCAGCGCCCCUCGAGCGGCACAGGACGCGACCCCGUCGCCGGGAACAGCAGCACCACCACGACGCCAUCCACUCGGCGGGCGCCUCCGUCUCCGGUGAAGCCAGCAGUGAUGCCGAUCGUGACGAUGACGACGACGACGAUGACGACGACGAUGAGGACGAUGACGACGACGACGCCGAGUCGAGCUCCCUCAUCGAUUACUACAACAACCAGCAGCGCGAGCGGCACUACGAACUCCGGCGGCAGAGCCAGCGGCAGGCCUCCGAGAUUUGUACCGCCGCCGCCACCUCCGCGUCGCUUGCUCCUCACGCAGACCGAUCUAAGCGCUGCUCAGGCCAAAAUGGAGCCACCUCCAAAAAAAUCUGGCGCUACUGCUGACAGUGGCUGCUCGGCGGUUGUCGGCGCCGCCGCCAGCGUUUCGGACCCAAUCGCUACCGGGUCAAGGACAACACUGAGUACCAGCAGCUCGGUGGCGUUGGCCCAAAAACGACCGUCAUCAACGAUAAUCGAGACCUGCCUGCUGGGGGCACCCAGGCCCGCCUCAGCCACUUCAUCAGCAACAGUCUCGAGGACGGCAAAUCCGAUCCACCAGAGUCCCACCACCCUUCGUCAUCAACCCCGUUCGAAGGGGCAGCAGAGCAGCCCAGCUGCAGUGGCUCUGUCACCGCCGGCGGCACCACCAGACACACCCGCUGCCCCAGUGCCCCACGCUGGAUGCGGCCUAAGCCCAAGGCUGGAAAUGCGGCUGGCCCUCAAUCACGACAUCCUAGGGGACGAGGACUUGAUCUGCUACGAGCCUGGUCCCGAUCUAACAACUAUUCUGGGGCACGACCUCUCCACAUUUCAUCGUCUGACGGGUCGCGAUUUAUUGAGUCGUUCAGCCACGAACAGGGUGCAGCCAAAAGAGGCUGUCAUAUCGUACUCUCAACAUCGCAACUCAAAGAUGGACACCCCGACGGUGAACCGCCGGCCCCGCCCCCUCUCAGCGGGCGCCUUGGGCGGCUCGGCCAGCAACAACAACAAUCACAGUCGCAGCAGCAGCAGUCACGGCAGCAGUCCGCUCGCCGGUGGUUUAACCCGUGCCGCCGCCGAACCAAUGGGUCAUCUGCACCAAGCGGUUCAAGGUGGUGGAUCUGUUGGUCGAGUCGUCGGCGGGAACGGAAACGCCGGCGACAACAGCAUCGGCUCCAGCUCCAACAAAGGCGGGAACAAAUUAGGCGAUCUGGAAAUCUUAGCGAGACGAGAGAAGAUAUACUCCAUGUCUCAAUCGAGGAGUGGCUGUCGAGUCAAGGAGACGACGUCCACGACCACUCUGGUGACCAUGGCUACGGAGAUGCGUUCGGGGAUGGAUUCGGAGAAGCGCGACUCUUCCUGGCCCAAACGAGCAGCUGCAGCAGCCUCUCUGACGAGGACGAGGAGUACUACUUCGAUGGACGGAGCGGCAGCCAUCAGUACCACAACCACAACAACAAUGACUGAGGAGGCAUUCCUCGAGACCGAAGUGGGCAGAUCUAAGCGAUUAAUCAACUUUAUAAAGCGUCGCAACUCCGAGAUUACAGCCAGUAGCACCAGCAGCACCCCCAACUUCUCCGACGGCGCCUUUGGCGAACAGCCACAUCCGAGCCACAGCCAGAGCAGCCUUCAUCUCCAGAAGCUGCCGCCAGGCCAGUCGCAGGCCCAGGACUCAGUGGAGAUGGCACAGAUGUCGCCACGCAAGGAUAACGACAAGCCAUCACUGAACCGCCGCCUGUGGAAGCAGAUCAUCAAACGCCGACGCACCAACUCCGUGUCCCAAAUAGUCGCAGGCUAGGGAAUCACCACUUGACCCACUUUGUCCCUUCUGUUACUGUUUUUCUAACUGUGUUGUGUGGGUAGAUUUUAGCUAAGUAUCAAAAGAGCCUCGAUUAACGAUUAACGAUUACCGAUGAGCAAUGAUAAAUGAUCGAUAAGCGAUGUUAGAUAACAAUUUGCACGGGGCAGCCCAACCAUAUCACGGUGAUCGUAACGGGCUGUCUCACCGAAAGAACUGGCUAAAUGCAAAACCAAACACUUAGUAAUAUGUUAAGAUUUUUGAUACGACUUUGUAGCUAGCGAAUCCCCCGGAUCGCAACGAUUCCGGGCAGCUCUAGGCGUCCAAUUGCGUCCAAAACAAACAAAAAAAACGAUAAGCGAUAAGCGAUUAAAACGAUUUUUAAUCGAUAUAAAAAUCGAUUCUCCUGCCAGCAGAGCCAAGGUGGCAGAACCGAGUCCCAGCCAAAUAAGAUAUAGACAACGAUAUAGCCAGCCAGUCAGUCAGUCAGUCUCUGUCAGUCUCUGUCAGUUGGUAAUAUUGGGCACACUCUCACUCACUCUCACUCACUCGAAAAUAGAAAUUUUAGCCAUUAAAAGAAAAAGGAAAGGAAAAACAUAACACUUGCAGUCCAGCCAAAUGAAUUAGGAUCUAGAGGAGUUCGUACACUGACUAUUUUUUUUAGAGAUCAUGAUUAUGUCUUAAAGCUUAGCAGUUUCGGGUUUAUGUUGCGGGAUCGAGACGGUGAAAUUGCCUUACGAAUUCAAUGAACUAUUGUAUGGAUAGCUUAGCGUAGUUCGAGUAGUCUUUAUACACAUAACAUUUACAGCCUCAGCAGUUAGUAGUAGUAGUAGUAGUAGUAGUACAUAAUAUGUGUGGUAUGUCGUUAGUUGUCGGUCGUAAUACAAUUUUUAGUACUUAAAUUCCACGUUUUCUCAACUAUUUACAAAUGGAAAUUUUUGCAUCAGUUAGAUCUUAUAUAAAUAUAUAGGGAAUCUUGGUAGUUCAUUUCACAUUGAAAUUUAUAUUGGAAUUGGAAUUGGAAUUAGAAUUGAAAUUGAAAUCGGAAUCGGAAUAGGAAUCUGAAUUGAGGAAACGAAAAUUGUUUAGCUCAGCGCUGAGUUUGAGCUAGGGAAAAACGCUAACAAAUUAUACGAAUUAAUAACAAACGAGAUCAAGUACAUUUAUCAGCUUUAAUAGAAAAUCUAAUAUAUAUAUAUAUAUAUAUAUAUAUAUACAUGGAUCUAAAUAGUUCUAGAUAUAGUUAUAUAUAAUUGACAUAUACGAAUUACUUUUGAAUAGUGAGUACGCGCGAUCGAGUUAUUAGGCAUUUAUCACUCGCAUUCACUCACACACUCGAGGCAUUCAUUGAUCCAGCCAGCACGUGAGAUAUUUAGCGAUUUACUUUGUAAAUUCAGAUACACUCAAAGGCAAACACACUGAGAUUUUAUGGCUAUUGAAGUAAGAACAGUAAGACAAAACAUCCAUUUGCGGAGUACAUUGAUUUUGUUGGUAGCAAAAGUAGAGGUCAGUAAAGAGUUUCUCUUGAAAUUCGUUUAGAAAUUCAAUUAUUUAAUGAACUUAUUUCAAAGGCAAGCAAGCGCAAGCAUCCAAAUAAAUUCAAUAUACAAUAAAUCAAUAUCGAAUACAUCA